AUGCGAUCCUCGACGCUGCUCGACGCCUUCCGUGGCCUCCAAGUCUCGGCCACCUCCGCAGCGAGGACGCUUGCCACCCCAGUCCGACCUCAAUUGGCGCGAUCGGCCGUCGCCGCUGCGCUGCGCGAUGUCCGCCCUUUCUCGUCAACACCAGCCCGCGAGGGCAACUGGCUCGAACCCUCGAUCGACCGAACGAAGAAGAUGAUGAAGGGCAGGCCGCGCGUCGCGACGGGAGGCUCUGUAAAGGGCACGACGGUCAUGUGGGGUGACUAUGGGCUGCGCAUGAAGGAUCACCACCGCCGCAUCAGCGCCAAGCAGCUCAAGAACGCCGAAGACACCAUCAAAACGAGACUCCGUGGAACAAAGUACCGACUGUACAAGAGGGUGGCAUGCAAUGUGGGCGUUUACGUCUCCGGUAACGAGAUUCGUAUGGGUAAGGGUAAGGGUGGCUUCGACCAUUGGGCCGCGCGUGUUGCUGUCAACCAAGUUGUGUUCGAGGUCAAGGGACUCGUUCACGAGGCUGUCGUCAAGGAUGCUUUCCGCCUGGCCGGCAACAAGCUCCCUGGCCAAUGGGAGUUCGUGCAGAAGGGAGAACCCCCCGUCGUCGGCAUCACCAAGCUGGACGGUGUGACUCUGGAGGAGCUGAAGCGACCGAGGAAAAAGAUCGAACCUGAGCAGCUGUUGCAACAGGCACAGGCUGCUCAAACGCCUAGCGAGACUGCGGCUGCGGCCCCCUCGGCGCCGGCGUCGUAG